GCCGCCACUGCUGCUGCUGCCGUGGGCCGAAAACGACGGGUCCAGAGCUUCCGUUUCGGUUCCGCUACCCCCAACCACCCCCCGCGCGCAGCGCAGCCGCAGUCGCGUACGGCGCCCUCGAUAAUCUCUCCGGCAAAUCCAGCAACCAAUCCCUCCACGAUUCACGCCGCCGCAUCCCUCGCAAUGGCGAAUCCGCCGCCACCCCACUCCGGGCCGCCCUCGGCGCCCGCGCCGGCGGCCAAGGACGAGAAAAUACCGACCGAGGAGCAGCUCGUGCUCGACCUCUGCAACUCGGAGCUCCGCGAGGAAACCCUCUACCUGCUCUCCAAGAAUCGAGAAAAAUUUCAACAAGAUAUUGCUCCACUUCUAUGGCAUUCUUUUGGCACGAUGGCUGCACUACUCCAGGAAAUUGUGGCAAUUUACCCAUCGCUUUCACCUGCAACAUUAUCGCAGGCCCAAUCAAACCGUGUCUGCAAUGCAUUGGCACUUCUUCAGUGUGUUGCGUCACACCCUGACACUAGGAUACCAUUCAUAACUGCGGAGAUUCCAGUGUACCUUUAUCCUUUCUUGAACACUACCUACAGAACAAGACAAUAUGAAUACUUGAGGCUUACCAGCUUGGGUGUGAUCGGUGCUCUUGUAAAGGUUGAUGAUCAUGAAGUCAUUGCGUAUCUGCUCAGUACUGAAAUCAUUCCUCUGUGUCUGCGUACUAUGGACCUGGGCAGUGAGAUUUCGAAAACGGUGUCUACUUUUAUUGUUCAAAAGAUUAUACUUGAUGAUGCAGGACUUAAGUACAUAUGUGCUACUCGUGAACGUUUCUUUGCUUUAGCCAAUGUGUUAGCUCAGAUGCUUGAAGGACUUGUUGAACAGCCUUCCCCAAGGUUGCUGAAGCACAUAAUCCGCUGCUACCUAAGGCUGACUGACAAUCCAAGUGCCUGCCAUGCGCUACGCACUCACCUCCCCACCGUGUUGAGGGACGGGACAUUCAACGACUUUCUUGAGUCAGAAAGACCUCACAACCAGGCUAUGGCUCCACCAGAUGCUGCAUAACAUCGCGAUGGCAAACAGUGGAGGCGGCGCCCCUCACACGGGCCUGAAUCGCAUCAUGGGGAUGUGAACGAAGCUGGACGCGGAACGCGGCAACUCAUCAUCAUCUGUCAAGCUAGUAGUAGCCCUAGCGGAAGGUGCCAGUAGUUUCUCCUUUUGGAGAAAAAUAGUGUAUGCCGUUUUAGAGGUUGGGUAGUGUUUAGAGUUGUAAAAAAGCAGGUAACCAUCUAUCAGUUUCAGAUUAGCAUCCCAAAGAUGGAGAAGGGUCAAACCUGUUCUCUUAUGUUGUGAUGAGAACUCUAAUCAUAUAUAUAGGUCGUUGGAAUUGGUCAAUUAUACUGGUGUUCUUUGCGCUGCA